GUUCACUCCAAGUCGUGGUGUCCCACUCUUCUGGCGAACUGCGCGCGGUUCGUUUCUGACACCUCGUCGCGAGUCGUCGGAUCAGUCGAGCUGUGCGCGUCCGCGCGGGAAAGCAAUUAUCAUUGGUGACGGCCGAGUAGGAAAAAAAAAACGUGAUCGAACACGGAAGCGAUGGCGGCCCUCAAGCGGAUCACCAGCCUGACCCGGGCGCUCGCGACGAUGACGUCCGCGUCGCGGCCCUGCAUCCAGCGAGCCACGCGGAAGACCUUCUUCACGUACGUGAACGAGCCGUCGAUGCCGAUCCCUAGCAAGGAGCCCUGCUGGGUAAAGACCGCCGACGAGGCCAUCGAGCAGGCUCAACUCGACUCAGAUCAGGUGGUGUACGUCCAGGGCGCGGCGGCGACGCCCGUCGAAUUGCUGAGGGCGAUGACCGACUACGGGGUACGUUGCGACGUGAGGAAUGUCCGUUUGUAUCACAUGCAUCUCGAGGGGUCGGCGCCGUUCGCUAAGCCGGAAAACGCAAAGCACUUCAGGUCUAUCAGCCUGUUCAUCGGCGGCAAUGUGCGACCCGCGGUGAACGCGGGCACCGCCGACUGCAUUCCUAUCUUUUUGCACGAGAUUCCGCGUCUCUUCAAUGAAGGCUACCUAAAACCCGACAUCGCGCUCAUCCACGUGUCUCCGCCGGACGAAAAGGGUUACUGCUCCUUUGGCACGAGCGUAGAUUGCGCUCGGUCCGCCGUGAGUCAGGCCAAACGCGUCGUAGCCUUGGUCAACAAGCACAUGCCCAGGACGUUCGGCGACGCUCUCAUUCACGAAAGUCACUUGGACUUUGCCGUGGAACACCAUCAACCACUGCCAGUUCAUCCGGUGAAGGCGCCCUCCAAGGCCGAGCAGCUGAUCGGCAAGCACAUCGCCGAGAAUCUGGUGGUGGACGGCGCCACGUUGCAGCUAGGCAUCGGCAGUAUACCCGACGCCGUACUUUCGCUGCUGGGUAACCACAAGGAUCUGGGUAUUCACAGCGAGAUGUUCAGCGACGGCGUGGUGGAUCUUGUGAACAAGGGCUGCAUCACGAAUAAUCAGAAAACGAUGCACCGGGGCCGAAUUGUCGGCUCGUUUUGCGUGGGCUCGGAGAAGCUCUACGACUUCAUGGACAACAAUCCUUUCAUAGAAAUGCUGGUGGUAGAUUACGUUAAUGACCCCAGAAUAGUCGCCAGGCAACCAAAGAUGACGGCCAUCAAUUCGUGCAUCGAGGUGGACAUCACCGGCCAGGUCUGCUCGGACAGUAUUGGAACGAGAAUGUACUCCGGAUUCGGUGGACAGUUGGAUUUUAUCACGGGCGCCGCGAUGAGCGAAGAUCGGCAGGGAAAGCCGAUCAUAGCGCUUCAAUCAGUCACCGCCAAGGGCCAGAGCAAAAUACAGCCGGUUCUGACAUCGGGUGCUGGAGUAGUCACCAACAGAGCGGUGGUGCGGUACGUCGUGACGGAACAGGGAAUCGCCAGCCUAUUCGGUAAGAGUCUUCAGCAACGUGCGUACGCGAUGAUCCAGGUGGCUCAUCCCGAUCACAGAGAAGCGCUCGAGAAAUCGGCGUUCGAACGCCUAAAAGUGAUGCCUGCUCCAUAAACCGAAAACACACGAAAUAGGAAAUAUAUUUAAUAGCACUUUACAAUCGAGCAUCUCUGUGCUUUAGUCAUGCACAACAGCCAACCAUCAAAGUGUCGCGAAGAGUCUUUUUGUACAAUACUGUACAUGCUCUCUGGAAGACAAUUCGUCGGCCUUCUAGAAUAAGAAAGAGAGAGAGAAAGAGAGGGAGAGAGAGAGAGA